CGCGCUCACCCGAUCAGUUGACCACCACCACGGUGGCUAGCCAAGGCAACCCGACUCCCGACCUGAUGCCUCUCCUUCCCCAACACAUCGGCAACCCCCCACCCGUCCUGCCCUCCCACUGAUUCGCUCGCCACGCGCGCGCGAGAUCCAGCCGCGCCCCCGCCGAGAUCUCCCCCCCGCGCGCCCAACAAAUCACUAGGACGGCGCUGUCGAGGAGUUCGGAGCCAUGGAGGCGUCGUCCUGGGACGCCCUUCGCAAGCAGGCAAGAAGGUUGGAAGCUCAGUUAGAUGACCAAAUGAUUGCAUACCGUAAAUUGGUUUCUAUGAAAUCAGAUGGUUCAGAGAAUGACAUUGAGUCUGAUAUAGAAAGAUCAUUGAAGCAACUUCAGCAAGUAAAUUCUCAAAUGCAAACAUGGGUAUCAUCAGGAGGCUCUGAAGUUCUUUCUCAUACAUUGACUCGCCAUAUGGAGAUUUUGCAAGACCUUACUCAGGAAUUCUAUCGGCUUCGCUCAAGCCUCAGAGUGAAGCAGCAACAUGCUUCCCUCCUUGAUUUGAGAGACUUUGACAGAGCAAAGUUUGAUGUUGAAGAGGCUGGAGACUCAGCUGAUCAAGCUCUUCUCAGGGAACAAGCUGCAAUUAGCAGGAAUUCCGGACAGGUGGAUAAUGUGAUAUCACAAGCUCAAGCAACACUAGGGGCUCUCAUGUCUCAACGGUCAACGUUUGGUGGCAUUACUACGAAGAUAAGCAAUGUUAGCAGCCGGCUCCCUACGGUCAAUCACAUCCUGGCGUCAAUCAGAAGAAAGAAAUCGAUGGACACCAUUAUUCUUUCGCUCGUCGCGUCUGUAUGCGCCUUUCUAAUUUUCAUCUACUGGUUGUCGAAGUAGGCCCCAUCCGCGCAGAGCAAAGGCAUUAUAGUGUUGUAAGUUUGGAUCACACUACCGGUACAGAUAAUCAUCAUGAUUGGUGUUUGUACAAUAUUGAUUCAAUGCUAUCACGUUUGAAAUCGUGUGCUCGAGCCACACUGUGUGUCCCCACGGCAGCUGCGCCAACUUCAAGUAUCGUCCGAACUCAUGUACUCUUUGUACAUAAA